GAAACGUCUUGGCCAAAGGUGUCCAGACGUGCGCGAACUGCGCGAAUCCCAUGAGCAAAGAGCCAGGCGAGGCUGCCUAUGCCCAGCUGGUCUGCCGAUCCGUCUUCCAACCAGACUGCAAGCACGGCCCUUUCUGCCCGAAGUGCCGAGAGCGGGUGGCCCAAAAGGUGCUGUCCUGCUGCGUUUGCAGGGGUCUCAUCGAGUCCUGGCGACAAGGUCCCGUUGAGGAGAAUGCGGCCUCCUGA